UCAUAUUCUCUUGAUGCUUUCUUUACUUUCAGAGUCUCAACCCAAUCAUUAAACAUCUUUAAUGGCGUCGGAUCUCUCUUUCGAUUCCACUGCUUGAACUGCGUUCACUACGUAUACCUUUUGCAACCUCACUCUGUAACGCCUCAUACGAUCCGUAAUAUUGUGGAUUCUCCAAGUCUGGUUUUUUAUUGAAGAUCAAACGCUCGAGUUAGGUUUUCAUUCCGAUCAACUAAUGCUUUGGAGCCCGUAAGUGAAGAUCUUCCACAAGCUUACACAAUGAAGCCAGGAAUUUCUUCUUUGAAUCCAUAUGCAGCAUCUUACAUACCUCUCUCCAAACGAGAGGAAGCUGGUGAUGGAACUGGCCGGUCUGUAGCUCCAUCUGAGAACCAACAAGUGACUAAACAGAACCAAGUUCAAGGAGAAGCUUCUCUUGACUUCAGCAUCCAUGGCAUUGAAAAACUACUCGAUUCUGAGAAUGGGACACAGAAGGGCCACUCGGUUUAUGGUUCUCAUGAUUCAUGUUCUCAGAAUCCAAAUGGCAAGAUAGAAAAACAGGGAACUCGUGAUGCUUCUGAGAUGGAUCUGGCAUAUCUUGGCAUUAUGUUUCCUGGUAUAUCUGAUCAGUCACUUGCCGAUGUCUACUCUGUAAAUGAGGGUGACCUGGAUGCAUCAGUUGAAAUGCUGCAUCAACUUGAGGUCUAUCCUGCAGAUGUUUCUCAACAUCUUCCAGACUCCUUGGACGUUGGUGAUGUGUCAGUGAUUGAGUAUCCAGCUGAAGGCACAUCUGAGAGGCCGAAUCAAACCACCUCUGAUGAAGUUAAUGGGUCUUCGUCUUGUUCAUUGAAAUCAGCCUCUUGACUUGUGCUCUAACCGCCUGCAGUGUGAGAAAGGUAGGAAAAGAAGCUUGAUGUCUGCUUUCUUGGAUUGUGUGGUGAGAAGUUAAAAAAAAAUUUGGAGAGGGGGUAGUUCUUUCCUUUGCCGAACUGAUGGAUAUCAACCAUGUCAUGUUAUAAUUUUUAGUGGCUUUGUUCAUUCUGUCUUUCCUUUCUUUCAUCAUGAGUUUUGUUUCAUGGGUAAUCAGCUCAUCAUCCCCUGUGCAGUUCUUCUUCUGCAAAUUAUUCUCAUCUGAAAUGAAAGCGAGUUUUUUUCA